AUGACUGAUACUGUUACUUCAAAAUCCAUACCAACAAAUCAAUCAGACAUCAAAAAAGAAAGAAAUUCAAAUUUAAUCAAAAUCUUUGGACCAUCCGUCAUUCAUCAAAUCAAAUCAACCAAGAUCUUAGUCAUCGGUGCUGGAGGAAUUGGAUGUGAAUUAUUAAAAAAUUUAGUUUGUAGUUCGUUUGAAGAUAUUACAAUUAUUGAUUUAGAUACCAUUGAUACUUCAAACUUGAAUAGACAAUUCUUAUUCCAAAAACGACACGUCAAAAGACCCAAAGCGAUCGUAGCCAAAGAAACGGCCAUCAAUUUUAAUCCAUCAGUAAAGAUCAAAGCCAUUCAAGCCAAUAUCUUAAAUCCAGAAUAUUCAACUAUAAGUUUUUAUAAAUCAUUUGAUUUAGUUUUAAAUGCAUUAGAUAAUUUAACAGCAAGAAGACAUGUUAAUAAGUUUUGUGUGGCUUCUAAUGUACCUUUGAUCGAAAGUGGUACAGCAGGUUAUGCAGGUCAAGUUCAACCUAUUGCAAAUAGACAAAUGGAAUGUUACGAUUGUCAACCCAAACCAACACCUAAAACGUUUCCAGUUUGUACUAUUCGAUCAACUCCUUCUACACCAAUCCAUUGUAUAGUUUGGGCUAAAAAUUAUCUGUUUGGUCAAUUGUUUGGAGCUGAUGAUGAGAAUGAUGGAAAUGAGUUAGAUGAAGCAUUAAAGAAUGGAGAAAGUGUCAAAGAAUUAGAAAACCUAAGAAUCGAAAGUCAAGAAAUGAAAGAAAUCAAAAAGAUUGGAUUCUCUAAACCGGAAUCAUUAAAAAAGAUUUUCGAAAAAGUUUAUACACAAGAUAUUCAAAGAUUAUUAAAGAUGUGGACAAGAACUGAUGAUCAAAAUAAACCAAGUCCAUUGGAUUUUGAUGUGUUAGUUAAUCAAUCCAAACAUCUUGUUGUACAAAUCGAUCAAACUUCAAAAUCUACAAAUGGAUUAAAAGAUCAACAAGUGUUAGAUUUGUUAGAUUCUUUCAAGUUAUUUGGCUCUAGUCUUAUGAAACUUGAUGAACGAAUGGAGUCAAGUUCAGAUAAUGAACCAUUGACAUGGGAUAAAGAUGAUGAUGAUGCAUUAGAUUUCGUUACCGCUGCUGCUAAUCUUAGAGCUCAUGUUUUUGGAAUCCCUCUUAAAACACGGUUUGAAGUUAAAGAAAUGGCUGGAAACAUUAUUCCAGCAAUAGCUACAACCAAUUCAGCAAUCUCUGCACUCAUCAUUUUUCAAGCUAUACAAAUCUUAACAAAAAAUUCAAAUCUGAUCAAAUCAAGUAGACCAUGGUAUACAAAAACGUCAGAUCGAUUAAUCUUAUCAGGUUCAAUAGAUGAACCGAAUCCGAAAUGUGAAGUUUGUUCAUAUAUUUAUGUAAGAGUUAAAGUUUUAAAAACCUGUACUUUAAAAAGCUUUUUAGAAGAAGUUUUUGAAGACAUUCAAGAUGGAAUUCCAAUCGAAAAUCUUACCAUUCAAGAAGGUGAUAGGUUAAUUUUAGAUCCCGAUUUUUUAGAUAAUUUAGAUUUAGAUUUACUUCAACUUGGUUUAUUUAAUCCAACUAAUCAAAGUGAUUCUAAGUUUUUAGUGGUGACUGAUGAAGAUGAAGAAUUUGUACCGAUUUCAUUUAUUUUAGAAAGGUAA